AUGGCCCUUAAAUCCAUCCCUUUAAUCAUCGCAAUCCUCUCGUUUCUGUUCGUGUCGGCCGCCGAGGUAGCCUCCGGCAGAGGUAGCCUCGUCGGCGGCUGGCAGCAGAUCAAGGAUUUGAAGGACCCGGAGGUGGUGAAGAUGGCCAAGUUCGCGGUGGAGCAGCACAACAAGGAAGCGAGUACCAAUCUGAGUUUCGUGGACGUCGUGAACGGAUAUUCUCAGGUGGUCUCGGGCAUCAAGUACCGGCUGGUUCUCUCCGCCGUCGACGGCGGCGCCGGCGCCGGCGAUCCUGGGAAUUACACCGCGGUGGUGUGGAGCAAACCCUGGCAAAACUCCGCGAAGCUCCUUUCUCAAAUACGGGCGACCCACGUUUGGAUGAGCGCGGGAUCGGCGGAUCGCUUGAUUGGCAUACCCACUGGGAGAAUUCCCGGGAUUGUGCAAGUACCGAAAAUAGGAGGCUGUUUGUCAAGUGGCGGUGGCGGCAGCAGCCGCGGCCGCGGGGCUCCGCCACCGGUGCGUCGUCCAUCGGCGCAGCCGUCUCUGGUUCGGAAGCUUUCGGUGGCCGAACACAGCGAUGGCGGCGCAGAGAACGCCAAAAUGAAGGUCUUGUUCAAGGCGAAGCCGAAGACUCCUGCUGAUUUGGUGCGGCAGACUCGCGAUCUGCUCAUCCUCGCAGACGGCGGUGUGCUCGACACUAAGGAGAGCAAGCGAGACGACAAGAUGAUGGAGUUGGGGAAGCUUAUCCGAGAAUUAAAACAAGUUCUUUAUGGGGAUAGUGAAUCUGAGCCCGUGCCCGAAGCCUGCACGCAGUUGACACAGGAGUUUUUCAGAGAGAACACUCUUCGUCUGCUAAUUAUAUGCCUUCCCAAGUUGAACUUAGAGACACGAAAAGAUGCUACGCAGGUUGUUGCAAAUCUGCAGAGGCAACAGGUUCAAUCUAGGUUGAUUGCUUGUGAUUACUUGGAAAAGAACAUGGACCUCAUGGAUAUCUUGAUAUCUGGUUAUGAGAAUAACGAACUGGCAUUACAUUAUGGUGCAAUGUUGAGGGAAUGCAUACGCCACCAAAGUGUUGCAAGGCAUAAGUCAACGGUAGCAGAAUUUCUUUCCAAAAACUAUGACUGGUUCUUUGCAGAUUAUAACUCGAAGUUGCUGGAAUCUGCUAAUUACAUCACCAGAAGGCAGGCUGUCAAGUUAUUGGGAGACAUCUUGCUCGACCGUUCAAAUUCGGCUGUGAUGACUCGAUAUGUUUGCUCAAGGGAAAACUUGAGGAUCCUCAUGAAUCUUCUUCGGGAAUCGAGCAAGAGUAUUCAGAUUGAAGCAUUUCAUGUUUUUAAGCUAUUUGCGGCCUAUCAGAACAAACCCCCAGAUAUCGUUAGUAUUCUCAUUGCUAACCGAAACAAGCUAUUACGCCUCUUUGCUGAUUUUAAAACCGAGAAAGAGGAUGAACAGUUUGAGGCUGAUAAAGCGCAAGUAGUUAAAGAAAUCGCGGCACUUGAGCCUAAAGAACGUGCAUGA